AUGAAAUUACAUUCAGAAACCUUAUUUUAAUAUUUUUAAAUUGAUCAUUGUGAUUUAGCAAGCAGAAUAAAAUCAAUAAAAUGUUAAUUAUUAACAACAGGUAUAUGGGGUUAAUCUAAACAUGGAAAGAAUGUUGAUCUUAAUAAAUUGAUUUAAGGUAUUUGUUCUUUUGAUUCAUCCUUAUCUUUUAUUUAUAAAUUGACAAAAUGCAUUUACAAUAAUUCAAUAAAUCAAGAUACUAAUUUAGCUAUACUUAAAGACUGUAUAUAAUUACCAUAUUAAUUAAUAAAUACUACUUAUGAUCCUUUUAUAUAGACUUUACCAAAAGAGGAUGAAUUUGUUGAUGCUGAGAGAUUUUAAUAAGUGGAAAAUGAUAUUAAUGAUAUUUUAGAUCUUUAAGAAUAAGAUUUGACUAAAAUAAAUGAAAGAUUAAGUGAAGAUGAUUAACCAAAAGAAUUAGGUAACAUUAAUGAAAAAAUUAAAUAAAAUUAUAUUAAUAAGAUGAAGAAAGUAAAUUAAUUGAUUGAUUAACUGAAAGGAAAGAAAUAAGUAUUAGAAUAGAUAUAAUAAUAAAAUGAAGUAAAUGAUGAUCCUAGAUAUACAUUGAUAUUCCCAACAGAAUAUAUCAAUAUUCUUUAAGACUAUAAUUAGUUAUAAAAUAAUGUAAUAUAGAGUAAUCCAAUCCCUGAUCUUAAAUAAAUUAAGGAUUAGACUAAAACUUUAAUUGAUUAAGAAUUCUAUUUUAUAUAAUGA